CCAUCCACUCCCCCACUCUCACAUCUCUGCUGCAGCCAGACAUCCGGCCAUAUUGCGCGUACACAGUUAUUAGAUCGCUGCAGCAGUGUGGGGAAAUUAUACGAUAUAAAUAAGAGCUUUACCAGGACAGGAAUCGAAGAUCCCCUCGCCCCUCCCAGGCCAUGGGCAGGAGAAAGCACCUAGUACCCUGUGGGCCAAGCCUGGUAGCACUGGCACUCAGCCUCUUUGCAACCGUGUCUGGAAUGGAGAUCUCCGUGCCUUCUGUGGUUCAAGCCCUGAACGGGACAGACAUACGGCUGCCCUGCUCCUUCAACUCCUGCUACAAGGUGGACAACAAACAGUUCUCCAUGAAUUGGACAUACAGGGCUUGUGAGAACUGCAGCGAAGAGACGUUUAUUCAGUUUGAUAAGAAGAUUAUUAACCAGCGCCUGGAGCGUUUUCAGAGCCGAGUGGAGUUUAAAGGGAACCCCAGUAAGAAUGACUUAUCUGUGACAAUCAGAGAUGUCCAACUCCAGGAUGGUGGAGAAUAUCACUGUUACGUUUUGAACCCACCAGACCGUCAUAAAGGCAUAGGGAAAAUCCGCUUGGAAGUCCUAACAGAGGUUCCCCCAGAGAGGGAUUCCACCGUGGCGGUGCUGGUUGGAGCAUCAGUGGGAGGAUUCCUGGCCAUCGUGAUUCUCUUCCUUGUCAUCUUGAAAUGUGUCAGAAGGAAAAAGCAGCAAAAUCUCAACUCUGAUGAUCAGAAAACGGAGGAGGAAGUGAAGACCGAUGGGGAAGGGAACCCUGAAGGAGAACUUAAAGCAUCCAUCCCCGAGGUACCUUGACCUGCCCCGUGGUCCCUGACAUUCACAUACAGUCUGAUCCCGUUCUGAUAGAAGAAGAUGCUGCUCUUAGUAGGGAUUAUUCAAAAUACUCUGGUAUACAUUUUCAGGAUGAAUCAAUCUUAAUAACUUGCAUAAGGGGCCCAUCUCCUGUUUUUGUGAUUGACAGUGACAUAUUGAGGCAACCCUUGAAUUUGACCCUGACAGAAUGACAGCGUCUUCCUUGUGUGGGAAAUAUAACGACGACACCGUUAGGAAGGCCCUUUCCAGCAUUGCACAAGGACACACACAGAAAGCCCGUGAAAUAACAACAAAUAUAUCCUAUAUCUGUGUGACACUGAGAAACCGGACGUUCAUGUUCAUGUGAGUGAUAUGGUCUGACCAUGGGUGGCCCUGUGCUGAGAAUGUGACAUUGACAUACCUUAGACAUACCCAUCAUACGUGAUCCUGACAGGGGGAGCGCCUUAUCCAAACAUGACUUUGGCUGACUGAGAUGCCAUUGCCUUUUGUGCGUUUCAAUGACAGGUGGAGGAAGCCUAUCUGUCAUUGUCACUGAGCGUGCCACCAGCUCUGAUAUUGGUCAGGGUGAGCCUGAUACAACCGGAGCAUGGCAGCGUUAGGUACCUGCGAGAUUAUCAUGGAUUAUAAUCAGACUCACUUGUUUUAUUUGCUUUGAAGGGGUUGCUGAGCUAGAGAAGUUAUUUCUAGCAUGGAACUCAUCAAAACCGAUCUUUCUUAAGGUUCAGUCCCACUUAUGCCCAACCAAUGCAGUUGAUCUCUUGGCGCAUGAGAUAGUCGGGGAUGAGACAGCAGUUUACCCCUUAACUAUGUUAAAGCCCAGCAAACAUAAGCAUUACUUUGAGCAACAUCUCCUUAGCGUCUGGGGACAUAACACAUUAUUAUUAUAUUCCAGCUUGAAAUAAAUUUGUUUAUAUUAAAAAAAAAA